UAUUUGAAAAAUGCAAGGAACGAUUUCUUGUACAAGACAUUAUACUAUGGUCCCUGAAACGAAAUCUCUGCGGCCGCAGGGAAACAGCGAGAGCGUCCAGACGUUGGUGGAGGAGAACGCGAUUAUCGUGAUUGGACGGAGAGGGUGUUGUAUGUGCCUCGUCGUGAAGAGGCUGCUUUUUGGACUUGGAGUAAAUCCGGCGGUUCUAGAGAUCGAUGGGGACAGGGAAGAGGAAGUCAUGAGUGAGCUAGAGAAGAUUGGCGUCGAAGGCGGCAGAGAAACGGUGACGUUACCGGCGGUUUAUAUAGGAGGGAGGUUGUUUGGAGGGUUAGAUAAGGUUAUGGCAGCUUAUAUCUCCGGUGAGUUGGUUCCAAUUCUUAAGGAUGUUGGAGCUUUGUGGUUGUGAAUCUAUUCAAUAAUUCAAAUGAAAAAAAAAGUAUUCUUAAGUUUAUGUUGAAUCUUGAUUCGGUAAAUAUGUGCUGUUAAGUUUUUAGGUUUGUAAUGCAUUAAUGUUACUCCUUUAUAUAGUCAGAAUCAGAAACAAAAAAUGGUUCUGCAAAUUCAGAACGUUACUAGAAUGUGUAUUGAAUUGUAAGAAAAUGUCACUACUAUUUCUCCAUUGCGACUUGGGUUAGUUAAAAAUUAGCAAAUUUCAAUAAAAUGUAAGAUCAUAUGUAUGUUUUUUUAGAAGAUCAUAUAUAUAUGUUAGAAGCUCUAUGUGUAAUCAUGAAUAAACAAGAACAUAUGACGUGCCAUUUUGAAUUUUAAACAAGAAAUAAAUAUGCC